CCUACCCGGCGUGCGGUGUCCCCUUUCCGCUCCCGCUUCUGUUGCUUUACAGCAAGCACAUGGGAAAUACGGGUAGGGCGAGCUCCAGUCCCCCUCCCGCGCUCCUGCCAGGUCUCCGCGUGGGUCUCUGGCGUCCUGCCCCAGCCGGGCCAGCUCGGGACGCCCCGUGGAUCCGGAGGCUCUUAGGGACCUUGCGAACCCGGCGGGCCGAGGCCGUCUUCCCCUGGGCCCGGCCGUUCCUGUUGGCUGCAGAGGCAGACCGCGAGCUUGAGGACGCUGGUGUCCAGUUUCCCUUGACCUUGAGGACCCGGGAAGGCCGUAUGAACCAUGGCUAUGACUAGUGUCAGAUUGCCCAGCAGCGUUUUAAGAAAGCCAGAUGCCUGGAUUGGGCUCUGCAGAACGCUACGAGGGACACCUUCACAUAAACACUGUGCUUCCUGGAAUCGAUACUUAUAUUUGUCUAGUACCAAGUUAAAUGCUUCAAAUUGUAAAACAUUUUUCCAUAACAUUUUCUCACUGAGACUCUCAGGGCUUUUAAUAUCUCAAGAAUAUAUUUUCCCAUUUUCCAUAAGACUCAAAAGUAAUGUAAGCUCUAAAAAAUCCACUAAAAAGACUCUGCAAAAAGUGGAAGAUGAAGGGGACUCUGAUGAAGAGAGUGAGCAUAAUGAGAUGAUUGAGCAGGAAGAGGAGCCAGAGGAUGACCCCAGUGUGGUCAAAGACUAUAAAGACCUGGACAAAGUAGUGCAGUCUCUCCGAUAUGAUGUUAUCCUGAAGACGGGCCUAGAUAUCGGAAGAAACAAAGUGGAAGAUGCAUUCUACAAAGGUGAACUCAGGCUGAACGGGGAAAAAUUAUGGAAGAAAAGCAGAACGGUGAAAGUGGGAGAUACAUUGGAUCUUCUGAUUGGAGAGGAUAGAGAAGCAGAAACAGAGACAGUGAUGAGGAUUCUCCUGAAAAAAGUUUUUGAAGAGAAGACCAGCAGUGAGAAAUACAGAGUGGUGUUACGGCGGUGGAAAAAGUUAAAAUUGCCUAAAAAAAGGUCUGCUGUCACUAGGAUGUCAGAAGAACAUUAAGGCUGGAUCUACAAGAGGCAAGUAUCUCCACGUGACAGUCGGAGCCCCUCGGCCCCCACCCCGUACCCACUCCAUAUCAUCCAUCUACACAGCAAGGCAGGGUAAGAGCCCAAUGGCCUCCAAUCCGGGGUCUCGAGACCCUCCUCUUCCAUCAGGCAAGAAGUAAACGUUUGGGGGCAAGGGUGGAAACUGAGGCCAUCUCUGCAGGAACCCGAGUGGCCAUGCUGUGGUAGGGUAGGCCAGUGACUCAGCAUUUAAACAGCUAUCCAUUCACCACUAAGUAGAUCCCAUUGGUUGGUAGAUGAUUGCUGCUGAGGUGGUGCCCCUCCCCCCAAACUUAAAAAGAAAGGAAGGUUUGGAGCCAACACUGAAGGGGGAAGGGGCACACUAACACCCAUGACACUGGACACGACUUUAUUCCCUGUCAAACAUGUGUUGUCAUGUAGACACAGCCAAAGUGAACUGAAGCAGGAUUAGAACACUUAGUACAUUCAUGACUAUCUUCAUACAUUCUUUUAAAACUUACUAACAGAGAAAAACAAGGGACACUACCACCUAUUGUGACUUGCUAUUUUACUCAACAUCAGAAUGUAUCUGUGCUACUUCUUUAGUCCUCUGGACGUGGGGGGUGGGGAAAUUUCCAAAAAAAGCAAACCAGUAAAAAUCAAAGAAUUUAGAUGCAGAGGGAGAAGGGGUUUUGCCAACAGAUUUUAUGGAAAACAUUAAAUUUUGAAAAAAAUUUAGUAUUUUGUACUUCUAUUGCUUCGUGUAAAAAAAAACUGCCCCUGGAGCCCACAUGUAUGGCUGGAGCUCUGAGGACACCACACAGACAGACAUGGGACCCACAGGUGGUUCCUGAUGAGUCAGUCCAGAGAGACAAGAAACAGCUCACAGAGUGUGUCCACCUCUCUUCACUGGAAGGGACUCUUUAAGAUUUUGGGGGAAGAAGCCCUACAAGGAAAGGUAUUAAGGAAACCACCAAAACACGGUUUCCAAAAAUUGAACAUGCUUUAGGUUCUAAAGAGACAUAGUUCAUUCCUAGAACCUGAUGAUGUCUCUAUCGUGGGUAGAUAGGAUGAUUUUUUUUUUUUUUUAAAUUAUUAAAUGAUUGUGCUUCUGAAGUUGCAGGGUCACAUUCCACCCUCUAGAAAGCAGGGCAAUUUUCACAUGGCUUGGAAUCCUCUGGGAUACAUCCUAGAGACCAGAACAAAUUCCAUGGCACCCUCCCCCCCACAGGGCUGGUGAGUGAGAGAGUGCCACUGCCGUCUUUGGGUGUGUGUGCGCGCGCGCGCAGGCAUGCAUUUAUGUGCUGGAGAGACUAAGGCAUAGAGAAAGGCCCGGGAGAGGGGGAAGUGAGUCUCUGGCUGCUCCAGUCCUCCUCCUUUCCAGGCACAAAGAGGUUGAGCUUGUUAUUCAUGUCGGUCUCCUUCCUCUCACUUCAGUUUUCUACUAAGAAAUGUGUGUGUGCACACGUGGGUGCGUGGGGAGACAGUCAUUUAUUAAGUCCCUGUGCAUUUCUAAAUUGCAAUAAUUUAGGUCCACAGUUUCAACAGAAAUAAUCUGUAAAUGACAUUUAAAAGCAAAUUUACUAAAGUUAGAUCAGCAACUUUACACUGCUCAGAAUCUUGUCAUAUUAAAAAAAAAAAAAAAAACUGCCCGCUGGGUGCAGGCAAAAUUCUGUCAUAUGGCCACUGAAACUGAAGUCCUUAUCUGUAUGAAGAAAAGUCAUAGAUUGUUUCUAUUAUUUCUGCAUUUUAAGGUAGCAAAAUAUUAAGCCAUUAGAUUAUUAAAUCUGUAACAUUCCACAAGGGUUUUAGGACUACCCUGUGUGAUUAAAUUCAUUUUCUAGCUUUCUGGUAUGAUGUACUGUGUUUGGGGUAGACUGUUUCCUUUCCCUCUUAGGCACUGGCCCCCGCAGUCAGGUAGGUAAAAGUACUGUUUUUAUAUUAAGGACUUUACCUGUAGGGGAGUUUCCUUCAGGUUGGAAUCCUGGAGAACAUGCCGCUGGCCUGGAGCAAUGUGACCUUCCCAACCAGGGGAGAGAAAAGAGGUGUCACAUCCCGAGGCCAAGGGACCAGCCAGAUGUAGGACAGCAGGACCUUCUGAGGGCCCAGAGGGAAAGCUCUGAGUGAACCCUGGGAAGGGAUAUGGGAGCCCCAUUUGAGAUGGCCUGGGUCCUUCCUAUACCAGGUAUCCCCAAGAGAGCCCAAGGCUUGGGCCCGCCCUGAGGAAAAAGGAUGUGUACUGACGGGAGGAGCUGACACUGAGGUGUGGUGAAGUCACCAUACAGCUCCCAGAACCCGGGUUUUGUUUUGUACAAAUACACACAUGGAAAGUAAACAGUUCUUGGUGAGCCCAAAGGGGCCCAUCCUUAAAUCAAACAAGAAGCCAAAUAUGCACACACACUUUUCCAAGGUAAAGUGUUUACCCCUCCAACAGCAUCCUUGCCUAGAGAGGAAAGGAGGCAGUGGGAGGACACAGCUCAAAUGAAGACAUUGUGAACGUGUUUCCACGUCUCGCUACAUUCAUAUCAUCAUCAUCAUC